CAGAUAUAGUGAAUGCGGGGUCCGGGGAGAGCGAAUAUAGUGAAUGCAGGGUCCGGGGAGAGCGAAUAUAGUGAAUGCAGGGGUCCGGGGAGAGCGGAUAUAGUGAAUGCGGGGUCCGGGGAGACCAGAUAUAGUAAAUGCAGGGUCCGGGGAGACCAGAUAUAGUGAAUGCGGGGUCCGGGGAGACCAGAUAUAGUAAAUGCGGGGUCCGGGGAGAGCAGAUAUAGGGAAUGCAGGGUCCGGGAGAGCGGAUAUAGGGAAUGCAGGGUCCAGUGAGAGCGGGUAUUGUGAAUGCGGGGUCUGGGGAGAGCGGAUAUAGUAAAUGCCGGGUCCUGAGAUA